AUUCUGUCUGUUCCCCCUCACCCUACCCAGCCUUGUGCUUAGCUUGGCUCUUUCCUUCCCCUGCGUUGCUUUCCUUUGCCCCACCGUCUCCAGACCCCCCUCUGCAAUGCUGCCACUCUGGCAGCUCCAAAUUCCCCAACACCUGUAAAACUUACAGUUUGAUUUUCUUUUUUUUUUAUCUUGGAGAAGUCUAACCUGUGGAUUACAUGGUCCAGGAAACAAGACUGUGAUCACCAAGUGAAAAUGGAAUAAUUUAAUAACGGGGGGAUUUUUAAGUGGAUGCUGAUUGGAUUCAUACCGAAGCUGCGAUUUUCCGUUCACUUCUACAUGAGGAGGCUUUGCCCCCAAUUUAAAGGAUAAUACCUGAAAUUGUCUCCAUUUCACCAUGGCUGAAGGAGCCAAACCCGCCUCCUCCUCCUCUGCCAUUGGGGCCAAUGGAGCAGCGGCAGCACAGACCAGCUCUCUCAAGUCCAAAGGUCAGAGGCUCCUCGGAAAACUGAGAAUGUCUGCAGAGCUGCUGAUUGCCCUGGUUGCCCUCCUGUCCUGGUUGGUGGUGGGAGUGGUGAUGUUUGACUUUGUGGAGUACAAGGCAGUCCCUGACAUUCAUCAAAUCAUUGCGGACCCUGUGCAAGCUGCAAACGAUGCCGUUGAUGAAGUAUCCAGUCUGCUCAGUAAAUUUCAAGAAUGUGCACCUGAUUUAAGUGACCCCAUGUCUGCUGCCACUUACGCUGCUGAGGAAAUAUCGGAAGCAAAAGCUGGAUUUGUUCGCUAUUUUUCAGAUGAGGAAGGGAACUUCUACCUCAGCUAUGUUGACCCUGUGGUCAUUGGAAGACGAGCUUUCCAUUCAUCUAAUGAUUUCCUGUGUGGAGUUUUGGGCUCCUUCAAGGACACACUGUGUGCUACUGUGGAUACUAUAUUGGGUACUAUAUUGGAUAUAAAUGAAGGGAAAACAGACCUUAGUUACAUUGACCCUGUGGUAGUAGGCAGAGGUGUCUUCAGUGUUACUAAUGAGCUCAUGUGUGGAGCGGUGGGCUACAUCCAGGAUGUGCUCUGUGCCAUUUUGGACACUAUUCUGGAUGUAGUGAAAGGAGCCACUGAUAUUAGCUUCAUCGACCCUGUGGUAGUCGGCAGAGAUCUCUUUAGUGUUACUAACAACACUGUGAGUGGAAUAAUGGGCUACAUCCAGGGCGUGCUCUGUACCAUAUUAGACAGUAUACUGGAAAUAAUAAAAGGAACCACUGAUGUUAGCUUCAUUGACCCCGUGGGUAUUGGCAGAAAUGCCUUCAGUGUUAUUAAUGACUUUGUGAGUGGAAUAGCAGGAUAUAUCCAUGAUAUGCUCUGUGCACUCUUGGAUGUAAUACUGGACACAGUACAAGGUAUCCAGCAUGCUCUGGGAUUCAGCCCCAUGUCAGUUCUUAAGAGAACAGCAGAAAUCACCACAGAGCAGAUAAACAUGCUUGUGAGCUACGUCUCCACCAUGCUGAUUGGUGAACAAGGGAUCAUGCCUGACGUGUCCAUUGACCCCAUGAAAGUUGUUCAAGAUGCCAUGUUAGAGUUCACAGACAAGAAAGAUUUGUUCAACGCUUACAUGUCGAGCAUGCUUGUUGGUGAUCAAGCUGAACCUGCUGCCACACCGGGUGUAAAUGUGGUAACUGAAAAAGAUAAAACUGUAGCUUCCCCAUCUGAUUUACAUUUGGUAAAAAGGAAAGGUGAAUUUCUGCCACCUUUUGAAAAAGUUGCAGAGAUCAUGCACGCUGCCAAAGAUGAAGCUGCUCCCGCUGCAGAGUUAAGUGAAGCCCCAGACUCAAAGAUGGCGGAGAAGGAGGAGGCUGAAGUUCCUACUGAAGCUGUCAAUGAAGCAGAUGUGAGAGUGGCAGAGGAAGACGAUGUGAAACAUGUCGACCUCGAAGAAACAGAACAUAAACCAUCACUGGAAGAUGACGGUAUCCUUGUUGAUGAAAGCAAGGAGGAAAGAAAGAAGGAAGAGGCAGAAGAGGUUGAUACUGAGGAAGAAGAUCAUAAAUCAGAUGAGGAGGUGGAGGAGAAAGAAGACAAUGAAGCUGUUGGUACAGAAAAGGAGGAAUUCAAAACAGAGGCUGAUGAAUUAGAACAAGAAGAGGAAGAUAUUAAAACAGAAGAGGCUGGGGUAGAAGAAGAGGAGGAGGAGGAGCCAAAAACAGAAGAAGAGGUGGUCAAAGAUGAGGAAGAGGAGGAGAAGUCUAAAGCUGAAGACAUUUUGGUAGAAAGGGAGGAGGAGGCGGUGGCAACAAAAACAGAAGAAGAUACAGUAGAAGAUGAGGAGGAGGAGACCAAAACUGAAGAAGAUGCUGUAGAAGAUGAGGAGAAGGAGACCACAGCUGAAGAAGAUUUGGUGGAAAAGGAGGAGGAGGAGGAGACAAAAACUGAAGAAGAUGUGGUAGAAGCUGUGGAGGAGAAGACCCCAACUGAAGAGGAUUUGGUGAUAGAUAAGGAGGAGGAGACAAAAACUGAAGAAGAUUUGGUGGAAGAUACCGUAGAAGAUGAUGCGGAGGAGACCAAAACUAAAGAAGAUUUGGUGGAAGAUAAGAAGGAGGAGAAGGAGGAGGAGGAGACAAAAACUGAGGAAGAUUUGGUGGAAGAUACCGUAGAAGAUGAUGCAGAGGAGACCAAAACUAAAGAAGAUUUGGUGGAAGAUAAGAAGGAGGAGAAGGAGGAGGAGGAGACAAAAACUGAGGAAGAUGCAGUAGAAGAGGAGGAGGAGGAGGAGGAGGCCAAAACUAAAGAAGAUUUGGUGGAAGAUGAACUUCAUGGUGAUGAAGAAAGAGAGGAAGAAAAUAUUGAAAUUAUUGACACUGAUGUGAAAGAUGAGUUUGUAAAAACAAACCAGGACGGUCAAGCUUUAGACCUGGACAAUGAUGAGGCUUUAGAAGAGGAGGAGGAGGAAGAAGGAGAAAAAGAGUCAUCUGUCCAACAACUGGAACUUAAAAUCCUGUCAGCUAAAACACUCAAUAAUGCCAGUGUAGUACCUGGAUCUGAUGAGGAGGAGGAAGAAGAAACAAAUGUUCAUGACCAAGAUGAAUACACCGACAUCAUCAACGAUCAUGAUGAAAACAACAACAACAGUGAAAGUGGGAAAACUGGACUUAAACGAAAGAGGAACGUACGUAUUCCCAUUGAGAGGCUCAGAAGAGUUGUAGCCAGAGCUGAACACCUCCACAAGCAUGAGAAAGUUCUCAAAGAGGCAAAGGAUAGACACGCAAUAAAAGAAGUUAAAGAUGCCAUUAUUAAAGACCUUAAAGCCACAGAAACUGAAAAGGAGAAAAAAGCGAAGCAAGCCAAACUUGAGGAAGUCGAAGAGAUAAAACUAACAGAAGAAAAGUCAAAGGAGGAGGCCAAAUCCCUUGAGAAGAAAUCACAGGAGCCCAAAGGAGAGCCUAAAAAGGAGGAAGAACCAAAGCCUUUUGAAGACAAAAAAGCAAAUAAAACGUCUAAAGAGGAGGCGGGAGUAAAGAAGGUUACUAAGGAGAAGAAAGAAAUAGCAAAACCUAAAGAUAAGAGACAAGUCACCGUACCCUCUAAAGAAAAACAAGAAGUCAAGAAACCAUCUACAAAACAGAAAGAAGUCAAGACACCGCCUAAAGAAGAGAAGAAAGGCAGGGCGCUAACUAAAGAGAAAGAAGUCAAGAAACCACCAAAAGAAGAGAGAGAACUCAAGAAACCACCUAAAGAAGAGAAAGAAGUUAAGAUACCACCCAAAGAAGAAAGAGAAGUCAAGAAACCAUCCAAAGAGGAGAAAGAAAUCAAGAAACCACCCAAAGAAGACAGAAAAGUCAAGAAAGCUUCCAAAGAAGAGAAAGAAGUCAAGAAAGCUUCCAAAGAAGAGAAAGAAGUCAAGAAACCACCAAAAGAAGAGAGAGAACUCAAGACACCACCUAAAGAAGACAAAGAAGUGAAGAAACCUCUCAAAGACAAGGCAGAAGUAAAGAAACCUCCAAAAGAACAGAAAGAAAUCAAGAAACCACCCAAAGAAGAAAAAGAAGUCAAGAAACCACCUAAAGAAGAGAAAGAAGUUAAGAUACCACCCAAAGAAGAAAGAGAAGUCAAGAAACCAUCCAAAGAGGAGAAAGAAAUCAAGAAACCACCCAAGAAGACAGAAAAAGAACUCAAGACACCACCUAAAGAAGACAAAGAAGUGAAGAAACCUCUCAAAGACAAGGCAGAAGUAAAGAAACCUCCAAAAGAACAGAAAGAAAUCAAGAAACCACCCAAAGAAGAAAAAGAAGUCAAGAAACCACCUAAAGAAGAGAAAGAAGUUAAGAUACCACCCAAAGAAGAAAGAGAAGUCAAGAAACCAUCCAAAGAGGAGAAAGAAAUCAAGAAACCACCCAAAGAAGACAGAAAAGUCAAGAAAGCUUCCAAAGAAGAGAAAGAAGUCAAGAAACCACCCAAAGAAGAGAAAGAAAUGAAGGCAGCCCUUGAAGAAAUGAAACCAACUAAAGACGAGAAAGAAGUCAAAAAACCACUUAAAGAAGAGAGAAAAGUCCAGAAACCACUUAAAGACAAGAAAGAAGUCAAGAAACCAUCCAAAGAAGAGAAAGAAUUCAAGAUACCACCUAAAAAAGAGAGAGAACUCAAGGAACCACCCAAAGAAGAAAGAGAAGUCAAGAAACCUUCUAAAGAACAGAGAGAAGUCAAGAAACUACUUAAAGACGAGAUAGAGGUCGAGAAACCAUCCAAAGAAGAGACAGAAGUCAAUAAACCCUCUAAAGAAGACAAAGAAGUUAAGAAACCAUCAAAAGAAGAGAGAGAAGCCAAGAAACCACAGAAAGAAGAGAAAGAAAUGAAGGCAGCCCUUAAAGAAAUGAAACCAACUAAAGAAGAGAAAGAACUCAAGAAACCACCUAAAGAAAAGAGAAAAGUCCAGAAACCACUUAAAAACAAGAAAGAAGUCAAGAAACCAUCCAAAGAAGAGAAAGAACCCAAGAUACCACUUAAAGAAGAGGGAGAAAUCAAGGAACCACCUAAAGAAGAAAGAGAAGUCAAGAAACCUUCUAAAGAACAGAGAGAAGUCAGGAAACUACUUAAAGACGAGAUAGAAGUCGAGAAACCAUCCAAAGAAGAGACAGAAGUCAAUAAACCCUCUAAAGAAGACAAAGAAGUUAAGACACCACCAAAAGAAGAGAGAGAAGUCAAGACACCUUCCAAAGAAGAGAAAGAAGUGAAGAAACCACCCAAAGAAGAGAAAGAAAUGAAGGCAGCCCUUAAAGAAAUGAAACCAACUAAAGAAGAGAAAGAAGUGAAGAAAACACUUAAAGACAAGAAAGAAGUCAAGAAACCACUUAAAGAAGAGAUAGAAGUCAAGAAACCAUCCAAAGAAGUGAGAGAGGUCAAGAAACCUUCUAAAGAACAGAGAGAAGUAAAGAAACUACUUAAAGAAGAGAAAGAAGUUGAGAAACCAUCCAAAGAAGAGAAAGAAGUCAAUAAACCCUCUAAAGAAGAUAAAGAAGUUAAGAAACCACCAAAAGAAGAGAUAGAAGUUAAGAAACUAUCCAAAGAUGAGAAAGAAGUCAAGAAACUACACAAAGAAGAGAAAGAAGUCAAAAAACUACUUAAAGAAGUCAAGAAACCACUUAAAGAAGAGAGAGAAGUCAAGAAACCAUCCAAAGAAGUGAGAGAGGUCAAGAAACCUUCUAAAGAACAGAGAGAAGUAAAGAAACUACUUAAAGAAGAGAAAGAAGUAAAGAAACCUUCUAAAGAAGAGAAAGAAGUCAAGAAACCAUCCAAAGAAGAGAAAGAAGUCAAGAAACUACUUAAAGAAGAGAGAGAAGUCAAGAUACCACCUAAAGAAGAGCGAGAAGUAAAGAAACCAUCCAAAGAAGGGAAAGAAAUCAAGAAACCACUUACAGAAGAGACAGAACUCAAGAUACCAACUAAAGAAGAGAGAGAAGUAAAUAAACCAUCCAAAAAAGAGAAAGAAUUCAAGAAACCACCUAAAGAAGAGGAAGAAGUCAGGAAACCACUUAAAGAAGAGAAAGAAGUCAAGAUACCAACUAAAGAAGAGAGAGAAGUAAAGAACCCAUCCAAAGAAGAGAAAGAAGUCAAGAAACCACCUAAAGAAGAGGAAGAAGUCAGGAAACCACUUAAAGAAGAGAAAGAGGUCAAGAAACCAUCCAAAGAAGAGAAAGAAGUCAAGAAACCACCUAAAGAAGAGGAAGAAGUCAGGAAACCACUUAAAGAAGAGAAAGAAGUCAAGAUACCAACUCAAGAAGAGAGAGAAGUAAAAAAACCAUCCAAAGAAGAGAAAGAAGUCAAGAAGCCAUCCAAAGAAGGGAAAGAAAUCAAGAAACCACUUAAAGAAGACAGAGAAGUUAAGAAAUCACCUAAAGAAGAGAGAGAAGUCAAGAAUCCACUUAAAGACAAGACAGAAGUCAAGAAACCAUCCAAAGACGAGAAAGAAGUCAAGAAACCAUCUAAAGAGAAAGAAGUCAAGAAACCACCUAAAGAAGAGAGAGAAGUCAAGAAACCACCCAAAGAAGAGAAAGAAGUCAAGAAACCACCUAAAAAAGAGAAAGAAGUCAAGGAACCACCUAAAGAAGAGAAAGAAGUCAAUAAACCUUCUAAAGAAGAGAAAGAGGUCAAGGAACCACCUAAAGAAGAGAAAGAAGUCAAUAAACCUUCUAAAGAAGAGAAAGAGGUCAAGGAACCACCUAAACAAGAGAAAGUCAAGAAACCACCCAAAGAAGAGAAAGAAGUAAAGAAACCUUCUAAAGAAGAGAAAGAAGUCAAGAAACGACCCAAAGAAGAGAAAGAAGUCAAGAAACCUUCUAAAGAAGAGAAAGAACUCAAGGAACCACCUAAAGAAGAGAGAGAAGUCAAGAAACUUCCUAAAGAGGAGAAAGAAUUCAAGAAACCACCUAAAGAAGAGAGAGAAGUCAAGAAACCAUCCAAAGAAGAUAAAGAAGUAAAGAAACCACCUAAAGAAGAGAAAGAAGUCAAGAAACCUUCCAAAGACGAGAAAGAAGUCAAGAAACCUCUCAAAGAUCAGAGAGAAGAGAAGAAAACUCCAAAAGACGAGAAAGAGGUGAAGAAACAUCCCAAAGAAGAGAGAGAAGUCAAGAAACCACCUAAAGAAGAAAAAGAGAAGAAAUCUCUGAAAGAGGAAAAAGAACAGACGACACAUCCCAAAGAAGAGAAAGAAGUCAAGAAACCAACUAAAGAUGUUGACUUGGAACCAGCUAAGGAAGAGAAAAAACUGAAAAGGCCCCAAGAGGAGAAAAUAGACAAAGAGGUGAAGCCUAAAGAACUGAAGGAAGUAAAGAAACCUUCUAAGGACAGGAAAGAAGUAAAGGAACCCUCUAAAGAAGAUAGGUUAGAAAGGGAGCCACCUAAGAAGGAGAAAGAAAUAAAGAAGCCCUCUAAAGAGAUAAAAGAUGUGAAGCCUUUCAAGGAAGAGAAAGCAAAGAAAAGGCCUUCUGUGGAGGAAAAAGAAGUGAAGAAGCCUAUAAAGAAGGAAAAAGACCUGAAGCCUUCUGUGGAGGAAAAACCUCCACAAAAAGAGAAAGACUUAGCAAAAGAAGAGAAAGAACCAACAAAGCUUAAAGAGGUACAAGAGGUCAAAAAGUAUCUCAAGGAAGAGAAGGAAGGAAUACCACCUCCAAAAGAAGAAAGACAACAAAGGAAGCCUUUGAAAGAAGAGAAGGAACCAGAAAAAACACAUAAAGAGGCCAAAGAAGUUAAAAAGCUUCCAAAAGAAGAGAAGGAAGUAACAAAGCCUGCAAAAACAGAACCAGAAAAGAUUUCCAAAGAGAAGAAACAACCAGCUGAGACUUCUAAAGAGUUGAAAGAGGAGGACAAGCAAGAUGGUCCUUCCAAAGAAAAACAAGAUACAGAGAAACCUUUUAAAGAAGAAAAAAGAACAACAAGACUGUCCAGAAAGGAAGAAAAAGAACCUAAGAUGCCUUCCAAAGAAGAGACAGAACCAAAGAAGCCCUCUAAAGAGCAAGCCAAAGAGAAACCUUCAAAGGUCAAGGUCAAGGUCAAGAAGAUUCCCAAAGACGAAAUGGAACCAAAGAAGAUCUCUGAGGGAGAAAGAGAACCAACAAAGCCUUCUAAGGAAGAGAAAAAAAUCAAGAAGACUCCCAAAGACAAAGAACCUGUCAAGAAGAGAGACACUACGACAGACGCUGGACCAGUAAGGGCUGUAAGGAGGAUUAAAGGAGUCAAGAAGGAGGUUGCAUCUGUCCUGAAGAAGGAACAUUUUAAUGUUACAAAAGCAGCUGAUGAACCCAAGAGGGCAGUAAAGGUACUGAAGGCUUCGAAAAAGCAGAUAGUUGCUGUCCUGAAAAAGGAACAUGUGAAUGUUACAAAAACAGAGGUUUCUGAAGUUCCUAAAGUGAAAGCCAAACCAGGACCUGCAACGAAGGUGGCAGCUCCUAAGGAAACCAAGAAGGAACCAAAACAAAAACUCAAACUUAAACCUUUAAACCAGAAGUUUCAAAAGAAAAGGCAAAAGCAGCUCCUGCUGAGAAAGAACAAGAGGGCCCUCCCAGAAAUGCCUCUCUUGUGAAAGGGAGAGUCAAAAUAGUUCCUAUGAAAAAAGCAGCUGAGGUUUCAAAACAGAAGCCUAAACCAGUUCUAA